AUGUCUGCGGAGACAGUGCAUUUGCUCGUGCUCGUGCAUGGAAUGUGGGGCAACCCCGUCCACCUCGCGGAGCUGCACCGGACGAUCACUGAGUUGCGCGGUCAACCCUCCUCCGAUCCAGGGCCGGACGGCGAGCGAUUGGAGGUCUUGCUCGCGGAAACAAAUAGGGAGGACCAUACGUAUGAUGGAGUGGACUGGGGAGGAGAGCGGGUCGCUGACGAGGUGAGUGCUCUAUACAUACAAGCCGAACUACAUCUCAUCUAUGAGGCCGUGAAGCGACUCGAGGACGCCGGCGAGAGAGUCACACGCUUCUCAAUCACUGGGUACAGCCUUGGAGGGCUGGUGUCUCGGUACACCGUUGGCGUACUGCACCAACGCAAAUACUUCGACAAGGUUAAGCCGGUGAACUUUAACACCUUCGCGACACCGCAUAUAGGCCUGCCGAGGUACCGCAAUGUGCUUUCCUCGCUGACGUCCUACUUGGGGCCCAAGAUGCUCUCGCGGACGGGAGAGCAGUUCUGGGUCGUGGACAAGUGGUCUGCACAUGGACGGCCGCUGCUGGAGGUCAUGGCGGACCCUGAUCGUAUAUUCUACCAAGCUCUCUGCCUGUUCGAAGACGUGCGCAUAUAUGCGAAUGCGGUCAAUGACCUCACCGUACCAUACCCAACAGCCGCGAUCGAAGCGGAAGAUAUCUUCUUGAACCAUAUGACUAAUGGCAUAGAGAUAGAACUAGACGAUAAAUACGCACCUAUAAUCAAGUCUUAUUCACUCCCAGAUCCCCCGCUGCCGCCACCACCGCCACCAAAGCGAUUCACACUGCAAUGGCUGAAGAGCUUCCAGAUACCACUGCCGCCAGCACUCCAAUUUACCUUUCCUUUCAACAUCCUGCUUUACAUCUCCCUCCCAGUCAUCAUCCCGCUCUUCCUUGCGCUUGUCCUGAGCCGACUUGCACUCGCUUCCCGCGCGUCCCGGCUGCGGCUUGAGCUGCUCGAGAAGGAGCCCUCCUCCGUCGAGCGCCUCGCAAAGGUCAUCGCGCGGCUCGAGCGCAGCGUCGAAAGCGCCAUUGACGACAUAAUGGACGAUCCCGGGAACCCGCCUUCAUCGUUUUCCUCUCCGUCUCCACCUCGUAACGACUCGCCAAACCCUGAGCUUGGGCUAGAUCCGAAGUCGAAGUCACAUCUGAAGCUGGGGGAGAGCGCGCCGCAGCAUGUGAUCCUGACGGACGUGCAGCUGCGGCUCGUGCGGUUGCUGAACACGCUUCCGGGGCUGAAGAAGGAGCGCGCGUUCAUAGAUCCGGUGCGGAACGCGCAUGGGUCAAUUAUCUGUCGAGACCCGCAGCGAUUUGAGUUUCAUAAGCUGGGCGAGGGUGUGUUGAGGCACUGGGCAGACCAUUUUGUUAUGUGA